AUGGCCCAUUUCCUCCAGCCUAACGCAGCGCCUAAGCCCAUGUCCAUCAAUCCCACAAAGCCCCCCAUGCCCAACCCCUUCGCGCAUAUCUGGGCAGUCUUUGGACAGCAUCCGCCCGAUAUGAACCCUUCGUGGGAGGUCCAGCCCGCGCCACCUAGGCGCGUUGCGCAGCUCAAGGCUGGGGACGCAGUUUAUCGCAAGUCCCACCCAGCCGUCGCGCGCAAGUCCUGGGUCAAGGUGGCUGAGCCCACGCACAAGACCAAGAGCGACCAGUCGAAUGUGGACACGCGUUCCCUGGCCGAGGUCACCGAUCCGUCGGCCAAGGUCGCCGCCGCGGAGAAACCCGAUGCAGAGUCAAUUCAGCAGGGUCAGCUGCGUGGGUUUAUCACCGGACUUGCUGAUGCAGAACCGGUGCUCUGCUCGACCAGGUGGAGGAAGGGCUUUACCGAGGAGUACUGCAUUCAUUGCGGUCGUAACCCGGCUUUCCUCGCCAAGAAUAUGCGUGUGUGCCUAAAACCGCCCAAGUCUUCCAGUCUGUAA